AUGGAACCAGCAGACGCCAAAGAAGACUACAUUCAACAACGAUUGAAUAAAGUGAUGGAAUCGCGUAUUGAAACAGACCGAGAAACGCUGGAUGCACUCUCCGAUUUGUCAACAUUCUUCAAGGAAAACACUCUUCAGUCGAGACGGAAUUUACGCAGUCAGAUCGAAAAGAGAAGCUUAGAAAUCAAUCAGAACUUUCUGAGCGCGUUCAAGGAAGUGAAAGAAGUGUUGGACGGUAUCUGUGAUGACAUCAACUCGAUGAGCCAGUCAGUGGAAAACAUGAAAUCACAGCUGCAUAACACCGAAGUUCAAACAAAGGAUCUAAUUCAGCAGGCAAACACCCUGCAGGAAGAAAAUGCCAAGCUACAGAUGCAACAAAAAAUCGCCAGUGGUUUUCUAUCCCGUUUCCAGCUGUCUGUCACCGAACAUCAGAUGCUGUACGGCACGAAGCGUGAUGCACCGAUUACGACGGAAUUUUUCCAAGUGCUCGAUCGAGUGCAGCGCAUUCAUACCGACUGUAGAACACUUAUGCAGAGUGGCUAUCAAACGGUUGCGCUGGAUAUAAUGGAAGAGAUGACAUUGCACCAAGAGGCAGCACUGGAACGACUCUACCGUUGGACACAGUCGCACUGCAGGAAUGUAGAAUCCAACGAGAUGGGUGUACUAAUAGUGGAAGCAAUGGCAAGACUGCAGGAAAGGCCAGUUCUGUUUAAGUAUGUUAUUGAUGAAUAUUCUACGGCCCGCCGUUCCGUUGUUGUGCGAAGCUUUAUCGACGCACUUACAAUUGGAGGCCCUGGAGGAAAUCCAAGACCGAUCGAGAUGCUUGCUCACGACCCGAAACGCUACAUCGGUGAUAUGUUUGCGUACAUCCAUCAAAUUUUACCUCCGGAGAAGGAAAAUCUCCAGAUGUUGGUAAGGAACUGUGACAAGGAGGACAUUACCGAGCAGGUUCAAUCGGCCAUGAUAAACCUAUCGGAUGGAGUCUGUCACCCACUCCGGGUGCGUGUGGAAACGAUUUUGAACGCCGAGAAGGACACUAUCAUUCUGUACUCCAUCUUCAACUUGAUCAAGUUCUACCAGAACAUGAUAAAUGGAAUCGUUAAGGGAGGCCAGUUGGAGCAGUGCAUGGCCGAUAUGCAGCUGUUCUCCGAAACAACGUACCUGAACAGUCUUACAUUCCAGGUGAAACAGUUACUACAAGGCCCGAAUGAGAAUCGCAUCGGACUGGAACCGCCACAGACGGAUCUGGUCCCUUCACCCAGCGUCGGUCGAUUGUUGAACCUGCUGAAGGAGAUUCUAUCAGUGGCUAGUAUGGUUGCAGGCAGUCAAACUGACAUCGUGAAAAUCGUAGGAUGUGUGAUCGAUCCAUUACUGCAAUCGGUGCAAGAAUCUGCGUCACACUUACCCACGACGGAUAUGGCAGUGUAUCUGCUAAACUCGCUGUAUCAAAUAGAAAGCGUCAUUUCGAUCUACGAGUACAUGGAGGAACGAUUGGAGCGGCUGCGAGCUCAAUCGGACGCACAAAUCGAUACGCUAACUUCCGAGCAAGCAUCAUCACUGGUGGCAAAUCUAAAUCUGGGGCCUAUCUAUACUGUGCUCCAAGGCAAUGCUGCUCAAAUCGAUCAAAGGCAUCUGCAGACGUUUGUGGCAAAACUGGAACAGUUUCUACAAACGCCCGAAAUACUGCUCCUUCCUCAAGUGAAUCUGCUCAUUAGCAGUGGUCAUCGAGCAACGGUACAGAAACGAUCAUUCAACGUGAUUAUAGCUAUUUACCGUCAAAUUUACGAACGCAUCAAUGAUCCCAAAAACGGAUACAGUAAUCCGGAAACAAUUCUGCCCAAAACGCCGGAGCAAGUAGCGGAGCUGCUGUGUGGAUAAGCGUAGCUUAUAUUAUUUUAUGAUAGCAAAUACCUAUAAUAAUAAAUUAUAAUUACGAUAAUAU